AUGUCUGAGUGGCUUUCAAAAUUCACCCAGCCUUGGUCUACCACUGAGCUUCCCACCCAAACAACAUUGACCCAUGUGGCUCCCCAAAAGUUCGAGGGCUUGGUCUCGACCUUGAUGCUGAUUUCUGAGGCAUGGCCCACCGAGACAAACAGAAUGAGUUUGUACGAGAUGGCCAAAGAUGGCAAAGGAGCUCAGGCUUCUAUCUCUGUGCUUUCUGCUCAGAGAUUCAUGGCUACUGCCACUGAUAACCAGAGGAUUCCAGAGAUGACUUCUGUUAUUUGGAAUGCCACCAUGGAACUUCAGGAGUUGGAAAAAGGUAUCAACUUGUACCAGAUGGAGUUGAGCCCUGUCGCCAACGGCCUCUUUGCCGGCUUCUUUGCCCUUUUGCUUAUUCUUCACAUUGUACUUUGCAUUUGGAAGAGACACCCUUACUUUGGCAUCUGCCUCACCAUGGGAACUGCGUGUGAGUUUACUGGCUACAUUGGUAGACUCUUUUCCAUUGGAGACUAUGGCAAUAAGGAUGCAUACCUUUGUCAAAUCAUUUGUUUGACACUUGCCCCUGCACUUCUUAUGGCGGGUGUUUACUUUGUUUUGGCUCAAUUGACGGUGAUACAUGGACGGAAAUAUUCGGUGCUAAAACCGCUAUGGUUUUCGUACAUUUUCGUUUUUUGUGAUGCCGUGAGUUUGGUUGUUCAGGCAGCUGGUGGUGCCAGUGCUGCUAUUCAAUUGCAGCAAUUUGGUGAUACAGUUCCUGGCACCAAUACCAUGGUUGCCGGUAUUGCCUUCCAGGUGGUGUCAAUGACGCUUUUCUUGUACUUCCUUUUCGAUUUCAUGAUAAGAAUUUGGUUCCGUGCAAGUCCAGAAAUUAAAUUCUCCUUCCAUAACCUCCUCAGUUUCCUUUUUGCAACUGGAAGAGGCAGGAAGCUUCGUGAAUUAUACUUGAACCAGCACUACAACCAGAACUACGCUCACAUAUGGUCUAGGAGAUCAUUCGCUUUCUUCCCCUUGGUGUUGCUCUUGUCUGUCAUUUUCAUCUACAUCAGAUGCAUCUACAGACUCGUGGAAUUAACCGAAGGCUGGAGCGGCUACCUCAUCACCCAUGAGGAGUUCGUCAUGACUCUCGAUGGUCUCAUGGUUUUGCUUAUGGUGAUCUUGCUCGUACCAUUCCACCCAGGUGUUCUCAUGGGUAAGGGCCUGAACAUCUCUAUGAAGACUAUCAGAAAUCUGGGCGACGAAAAGCCAGAAGCAGCCAAUGACGGAAAACUGUUGGGAGACUCCAGCUGGUCUGACGACUCUACCACCAAAAUGUCCAGCACCGAGAAAUGUCACUCCAGAGACCUGUCUGUGCUGAGUCAGGAGUCCAAUCCAUUUGAGCCAGAGAGUAAACGCAGCUUCAUGCCAUUGCUUAAAAAGAACCUGGCUAAGGAGGAUUUUGCAGCCGUACCAUACUCGCAAACUACUCAAGCCGAAUCCGUGAGUCCAUCGCUCGAACAGCACACAAGCAAGAAAAACAACCUACGAAAGUCACAGCUAAAGCAGCACAGCCGUCAUGUCAAUCCGUAUGAGUCACCACAGGAGCUCAAUUAUGUCCCGAACCUGGGCCCAUACACGGAAGAGCCCAGAGAAUACAGACCACAGACACAAUCCUACGGUUACCAGUACCACAAUGACUAUGACGAUGGCAGCAAUCACUACGACGACGUCCAUUACGGCUACGAUGAUGUUCAGUCUCAGCUGACUCAAUUGACUAACGACGAGGAGCACUUUACCUUUACCUGA